GUGUUGAUGUGUUAACCGUUGUUAUAAACUUAGCAAUGACUAUGAAUGAUAUUGGACUUUUAGUAUAUUUUAUGAUAACACAAUGUCUAUAAACCAACCGAAUUACAACUAAAAUUCAGUUGACAAACGAAUUAUUGGAUGUUCAAUAUGGAUCGGCUAUUAACGAAAUGUAUUGUAUUAGUAGGACUUCAGAUCGUUACAUCUAAUCUUAGCAAGUACACACGUGUAGAAGGCGACAAUUUGAUCGUACGCUGUAACGCCACGGUCCUACCGGACAUCGAAGUGUACUGGGCCAAAAACGACUCAAGGCACCCCUUCAGGCAGAAUGGAACCGACCUCCUGAUUUUCAACAUCGACCGGACGUAUUCCGGUCAAUACGUCUGCUACGCCUUGAAUAUGACGGACGCUCCUUACUUCAACGCGACCGGAGCCAACAUUACUAUUGACGUCAUCACAGUGGAUGUAGAAUACCCAGCGGAGAUCGACCGAUUCAACCUCGGACCGACGAUUAUCAUGGAAAACGCCACGUUCAGCAUCGGUUGCAACUUUCAGGCACACCCCGAUCCCACGUGGACUAUCAUGAACCUAAACACUGGCCAGGCAAUGAUGAGUGCAACCGUGUCUGGUGAUGCAACACUGCAGUCACCAAGCGCUCGCUGCGAGGACAUGGGGUUGUGGGUUUGUACAGGCUACAACCGGUUAAGUCACGGAAAGAACGUUACACGAGGGGCAAACUUAACCGUGUUGUGUCCUCCAAGGCCGGUAUGGGGACAGAGCUUCAGUUUCGAGGGGUCGGUUGGACAACCAGCAACAGUGACCUUAAACUUUACAUCCUAUCCACGUCCUAAGAGAAUAUGGUCAAGACCGGACGGUCAACCGAUGAGGGUUGCAAUCAGCGACUGGCCGGACCGGACGGAACUGGUGUGGGACCACUGGAAUCCUGUUAAAGUCAGUGACUUUGGGAACUACACCAUAAUGUUACAGAAUGAAUAUGGGACGUAUACGGCAACGAUGCAACUUACUGCAAAUGGUUUCCCGGAGACCCCUCGUGAUGUUCAUAUCUACAACGUCACAGACCAAAGCGUCACGGUCCGGUGGACGUCAGGUUUCGACAUGGGUUCUCAGCAACACUUCAUUGUCAUGAGACUUUACAAUGGAAACACUUUUUCUUCGCUUACCAGCUAUAUCUACGACAACUCGACAACGCAUGGAAUCAACCAGACUUGGACCCACGUGGUUAACGGACUCAACGAGAACACGUUCUACAACAUAUCGGUUGUCGCGGAAAAUCAACGAGGAUACAGGGGAUUUUCACAGCCUAUAACAUUUACAACGCAAGCUUCUCCGAAGAACUUUGACCCGUUGCAUCCCGUUUCACCGGGCGUUGUCGUAGGCGUUGUAGUGGGGUCGGUCAUCGUGGUCCUUGGUAUUUGUGCUGCCUUGGUGUUCCUUCUCAAAUGGCGACGAAUGCGAACCUCAUACGAGAAAGCAUGAGAAGACCAACAUUUACGGAUGAUAAGGGAGCAGAGCAACUUAAUUUAUCGAAUAAAUGUUGUUUUGUAUGAGUAUUGCAUACAUAUUUUGUAUUUUAAGUAUUAAUAAAUGACAUUUGACUGGUA